UUCAGUUGCGUCUAAUAUGUCAAACAAAAAAACAAAAUCUGUUAAUAUAAAUCCGUUUUCUAUUGCUGCUCAGUUAAAAGAAGGUUCAAAUAAUGAUGUUGAUGAUGAAUCUUCUAGAACUGAUGAAGAUAUAAAUAAUCCUCACUAG